AGGAUAAGUGGAAUGAGAGGAACCACGACGAACAACUGCGGGUUGAGACCAUCUGCUUUGUGCAUGACGGCGUCUGAGUUUGUUUUCCCUUCAGUCAACAAGUCACAAUUGCAGCCGGAAAUGAAAUUAGGCUUUAAAUUGGCAGUUAUUACCGGAUAUUCGACGAUCUGAAUCAAAUCGGCGAUGACGCCAGCAUGCUAUGCUUUCGAUUUAUACUUUAGCUGGAAAGAAACAGCGGGUAAAAAUAUCCCCUGCAUAUUUCAAAAACUGAAAAUUGCGUAAAUCAGAGGUAAAAUGCAGUUUUUAAACCCAUAAGUUCGGUUUUAAAAAUCGCAUUUCAGAUUAUAUUACCUGUAUUUAAUGCUCCUUCACUUCCCUUUUCAACUCUUAGUUUCGUUGAUAUAUCGAACGUUGCGUAAUAAAAUAAAUAAAUCUUGCAGAAAACAUAAAAAGUGUAUUUGGCGAGGUAAUAUUUUACUUUUAUUUUUGUUCCAGUUUCGCAUAUAUUAUGGCUUCAAUUCUACCAACAACAAAAUUAUGCAAAAAAUGCUCUUUUCAUCCUUCAAUAGUGUUGAAUUGCAGUGCUAUUUUCGGCUAAAAUGGCAGAACAUAUUUCUAAAGUUUUCACAAGUUAUUGGCCAAGACUGACCCUGCAUCAAGACCUGGUUGAUUUCGAGAAUGGAAGAUUGCUGGGUCAAUUUUAAAAUUUGAAGAAAUAACCCCGAUGAAGAACUUAAUACUGUACCUUAAAAAUCUCAAUUUUCAAAUUCCAAUGAAAAUUAUGUUGAGAUAAAUCCCGAAGACUGAAGUGCAGCAUAUAAAUCACAAAUCCAGGAAUAGUCAACUGUGUCUUUUCGGAUGCAUUCGCAUAUUGAAGACGGUCAACAGGUGCAUUAGAGAGAAUUUAUAACUCACGGAAUCGCUUCUCGACAGCUUUCGCAGUUCAAUGCGAAAAUAACGCAUAUAUCAUAAUGAAAGUAGAGGGGCAUUAAAAUGGCUAGAAACCGAUAGCGAUAAAAUAUAUGCGUCUGCACUCGGUUUGCCUAUACUGUAUAAUAAAAAAAGCGACAAAGGAGACGACUGAUAACACUGUACCUGCAUUAUGCAAAUGAAUAUACAAUGCACGAAAACGAAGGCCGACGCUGAGCUGCGUUUAUAAAACCCAACAAGUUUCGGGCAGGUGCCAGCAUUCCCAAAAAAUCGUCGCCGUUGAUGCACUUGAAGUGAGUUCUCUUCUUCGAUAGUGAGCUCAGUCUUGGCAGCAAAACACGGACGAUGUUCAAAUUCAAUUUACUAAUUAUUGCCAUUUCUUGCUGCGUGUGCAACGUUUUCGGCAAAAAGCAAGAAUGCCCCGGGGCGGAUGCUCAAUUUGAAGGGACAUGCUACAAAGUUCUUCCGGAUCAGUACGACUGGAUGGGAGGAGUUGCAGCAUGUGCAAACACUACACCUGGAUCAACCAUGCUCGCUAUUGAAACAGAGGAGGAGAACGAGUUCCUGAAAACGUGGCUAGCUGGUGCCAUUGCAGCAAUCAGCAAUGGAGAUUACAAAUAUGCCUGGUUGUACGGAAGUGAUCUGGGCGAAAACAAGAACUUCCUGUGGCACAACUCCAACGGAACCGGGUCUCAUCCAUUCGGCUUCGAUGCCUGGGGCAUUGAUCAACCCAGCUCAAAACCUCACUACCACUGCAUGGAUCUGAACCUCGAAGACAACUUGUUCACCUGGGAUAGUUACCCAUGCACAGGGUUCCUCAACAAUUCCAAUGGCGAACCCGUCGCUGUGGAAGACUUCGUAGUUUGCGAAUACCCCAUGCCCUCUUUGUGGGAAUGAAUCCAAAAAAUAUUCUCGGGUUCUCACGGUUAAAAAUAAAACGGGUUUGAAUUGAAUGGUUGACAAUUGGUGGUUUCAAUAAAAAUAAAAGUUAUUAUGUUUUAAUGUUCCA